CGCGGCCCUGCCCCCCCGAGUCAGCCAUCUUUCAAUUGUGCUCCGAGCCGCCGCCGCCAGCAGCAGCAGCCGCCGCCGCAGCAGCUCCGGCUCCUCCUCGCGCCCGCCCUCCCUUCCUCCCUCCCGCACGGCCGCCGCGCUCGCCCAGCGGACGGGGUGUAAGGCAGCGACGUCGGCAGGAGCAUGGCCCGUACCAAGCAGACCGCCCGCAAGUCCACCGGUGGCAAGGCGCCCCGCAAGCAGCUCGCCACCAAAGCCGCCCGCAAGAGCGCGCCCUCUACUGGCGGGGUGAAGAAGCCGCACCGCUACAGGCCGGGUACCGUGGCUCUCCGUGAAAUCAGACGCUAUCAAAAGUCUACCGAACUUUUGAUCCGCAAACUUCCCUUCCAGCGUCUGGUGCGUGAAAUUGCUCAGGACUUCAAAACAGAUCUGCGCUUCCAGAGCGCUGCCAUCGGUGCUUUGCAGGAGGCAAGUGAAGCCUACUUGGUUGGCCUGUUUGAAGAUACCAACCUGUGUGCUAUCCAUGCCAAACGUGUCACAAUCAUGCCAAAAGAUAUCCAGCUAGCACGCCGCAUACGUGGAGAGCGUGCCUAAGCUUCACUCUGAUGGUUUUGUCAUUCUUGAAGCAAACUCUUCUUCCUGUUAUUGGUAGUAAUGAACGUUAGAUAUUUUUUCCAUGGGGUUAAAAGGUACCUAAGUAUAUGGUUGCAAAUGGAAAAAUAGGGGACAGAAUUGGCAAGUUUUUUUCCAUUUUCAUUUGUGUGUGGAUUUUUAAUAUAAAUAAGGGGGCAUAAAACAUCAAUGCGGUCGAAAAAUGUUUCAGUGAACAAGUUUCAACCAUACAACUUUAUACAAAAAAAUAUAAAUAAACCUGACAAAUUUUUCUGGACAAUGCCAGCAUUUGGAUUUUUUUAAACAAGUAAAUUUCUUAUCAAUGGCAACUAAAUGGUGUUUGUAGCAUUUUUAUCAUCCAGUAGAUUCCAUCCAUUCACUAUACUUUUCUAACUGAGUUGUCCUACAUGCAAGUACAUGUUUUUAAUGUUGUCUGUCUUCUGUGCUGUUCCUGUAAGUUUGCUAUUAAAAUACAUUAAAUGA